AUGGGUGUGUGGUAUAUUGUGUUACUUUCCGUGAUGAUUCGAGUGGCGGCUACAGAUCAUCCCCCAAACAAUCCACCUUUCGCUUUCGAUGAGGUUAAUGUUGCGGCCGAAACACGAAUACUAGAGCGAGUGUCGCAUUUGUUACAAAGCUUGAGUGACAAAAUAAAAAUUCGAAUCGACGAAAUGAAGCGCGAUGUCAGCAGAAUCAUACUUCAGCAAGAUGAAUUCGAAGAUAUGUCUAAAAUCACAAACAAAUCGUUGGGAAAAGUUUCGGAACAAUUGCAAAGUUUCCAAACAUCGACUAAAGAAGCAAUGAUCAAUCUAAAACACAACUUCGGACGAUUCCCGGAAGACACGGGGAUAUAUUACCUUCAACCGAAUACUGCCAUCAACAUAACAUUUGAAGUAUCGCGUGACUGGACAAAUAACCACGGAUUUGGUGGCGACUGGAUCGUUUUCCAGCGACGGUUCAACGGUUCGGUCAAUUUCUAUCGUAACUGGUCCGAGUACAAGCAGGGCUUUGGUGAUCUACGCGGAGAACACUGGUUGGGGUUGGAUAAGCUGCACUCGAUCGUGAAAACCCGUCAACACGAGUUGUUCAUCGUGUUGGAAGACUUCGACGGUGUGAUUGCGUAUGCCCAUUACGAUGACUUCAAGAUCGGUGAUGAAAGUGAGAAAUACAAAAUAAAAUCACUGGGUCAAUACACCGGUACGGCCGGUGACUCGUUUUCCUAUCACAGGGAUGAAGUUUUUUCAACAUACGAUCAGGACAAUGACAAAGAUGACAAAGAUGAUUGUGCCGUAUCGUAUGGUGGUGCCUGGUGGUUUAAGAAGUGUUAUUAUAGCCAUUUGAAUGGAGAAUAUUUGAAAGGGAAGAGUAAUCGAGCAGCUGGUAUUAUUUGGUACACAUUUCGUGGACAUUAUUACUCUCUGAAGAGCACCAAAAUGAUGGUUCGACCAGUUGCGUGA